AUAUAUACACAUUUACACACACAAACACACACACAAACACCUCGCCCAAAUCUCAUCACCCAAAAAAACCCUAUAUAUAAAUCUCCAUUCUUGUUCAUCAAUCGAUUUAUAUAUGCGGCAACGCAACACAUCUGUGUAUAUAAAUCGAUCUAAAUUAAUUUAAUUUUGUUCGAUCUGAGAAUUGGUGGUUAUAUGAAUUGAAUUAAACAUUUUUGUAGUGGAUUCUAUUUCAUUUACGUGUUUUUCUUGUGUUUAUGUGGUUGAAUUGUAAUGGGAGGAUUGGUUAAUCAAUUUAAAUCAGUUUAAAAGAUGCCAGGAUUACCGCAGAGAAAUGAUAACGCUGAAUUCACCGAUUUUACCAUGUCGUGUUCGGAUGGAUCGGUUAAUGGCUUCUGGUCCAAGCAUCGCGGCGAUGUUAGCUACAAUCAGCUCCAGAAGUUCUGGAGUGAGCUGUUGCCACAAGCUCGUCAAGAGCUCUUGAGAAUUGAUAAGCAAACCCUUUUUGAGCAAGCUCGUAAGAAUAUGUACUGUUCUAGAUGUAAUGGGUUGCUGCUCGAAGGUUUUUUGCAGAUUGUCAUGUAUGGGAAGGCUUUACUACAUGAUGGAACUCUUGGUCCUCUUCCUUGUAACAGAGUGGGGCCCUUGAAAAACAGAAGCGAUAGUGAUAUGUGGAUUGCCAAUGGUGGUCAUAAUGCUUUGCAAGAUCCAUCUGUCCAUCCCUGGGGAGGUCUGACUACUACUAAAGAUGGCACACUCACUCUUUUGGAUUGCUAUUUGUAUUCCAAAUCUCUUAAAGGGCUCCAAAUUGUCUUUGACAGUGCUCGAGCACGAGAAAGGGAAAGGGAGCUACUUUAUCCAGAUGCUUGUGGUGGUGGAGGCCGAGGAUGGAUAAGUCAAGGGAUGACAGGUUACGGCAGAGGACAUGGGACCAGGGAAACGUGUGCACUGCAUACUGCCAGACUUUCUGUUGACACAUUGGUUGAUUUUUGGUCAGCUCUAGGAGAGGAAACUCGACAAUCUCUGCUAAGAAUGAAAGAAGAAGAUUUUAUUGAACGUUUGAUGUACAGGUUCGACAGCAAGAGAUUUUGUAGAGAUUGCAGAAGGAAUGUUAUUCGAGAGUUUAAAGAAUUAAAGGAACUGAAGCGCAUUCGAAGGGAACCUCGCUGCACCAGUUGGUUUUGUGCAUCAGAUACAAGCUUCCAGUAUGAGGUAACUCAUGAUACAGUCCAGGCUGAUUGGCAUCAAACCUUCCUGGACACAUUCGGAACAUACCAUCACUUUGAAUGGGCACUUGGAAGCGGAGAAGGAAAAUCUGACAUUUUUGGGUUUGAAAAUGUUGGCCUGAGGGGAAAGGCACGGAUUAGCAGUCUAAAUCUUGGAGGUUUAAAUGCAUGCUAUAUCACCCUAAGGGCAUGGAAAAAGGAUGGACGCUGCACUGAACUUUCUGUGAAAGCUCAUGCUAUGAAGGGGAAACAAUGUGUUCAUUGCAGGCUUGUGGUUGGUGAUGGUUUUGUCACUAUUACCAGAGGAGAAAGCAUUAGAAGGUUUUUUGAACAUGCCGAAGAAGCAGAAGAAGAAGAGGAUGAUGAAACCAUGGAUAAGGAUGGAAAUGACAUAGAUGGAGAAUGCUCCCGUCCCCAAAAACAUGCGAAGAGUCCUGAACUUGCACGGGAAUUUCUUCUAGAUGCCGCAACUGUUAUUUUUAAGGAACAGGUUGAAAAGGCUUUUAGAGAAGGAACCGCACGUCAAAAUGCACACAGCAUUUUUGUAUCUCUUGCACUGAAAUUGCUGGAAGAACGGGUUCAUGUUGCCUGCAAGGAAAUCAUCACAUUGGCCAAACAGACAAAACUUCUUGAAGAAGAGGAGAAGGAAAAGCGUCAAGAAGAAGAGCGUAAGGAAAAGAGGAGAAUGAAAGAAAGGGAAAAAAAGCUUCGAAGAAAAGAGAGAUUAAGGGAGAAGGAAAAGGACAAAGAUAAGAAAUUGUGUGAAAAUGACCAGCAUGUAGCUUUUGACGUAAGAAUUGAGGAAUUAGCGCCUAAUGUUGAGGAGGGGUCUAAUCUCAUUAGCAGGGAGGAUGUAAUAAACUGUGAGAUAGGUGAUGUCAUUUCAUCGAGACCCACGUCACCAGAUAUUCAAGAUGAGCAGGUUUUAAAUGGCUAUUAUCUUUCAAGCAUGCAGGACAACUCUGGUGGCUUUCCUGAUGGUGGGUUUAGUGACGAGUUUGGUUCAUUUGAAGGUCAAAACGAUAUUGAAGUAGAGUCAAAAUCUUCUGACCGAAGGAGCUGUUCAACUGUUCCGGAAAAUGGGGGAAGGGAUUGCAAAUUGGAGCAAAAUUACCAGGGGGAUCGUUUUGAAACUUCAAGGACUAUGGGACUUGGUAAGCUAUCUAGGUGUAAUCCUGCAAAAUCAAACCCUAGGACCCCUGGGUCCAAGUUUGCUGAGAGGUCGCAUAGUUCCAACAGAGUAUGCGAGAGAUAUGGUUAUAAUACUUGUAGCUGCUACCAACAAAAUGAUUACAGAACAAAGGUAGAGUCACAUUGUGCUGCACGUAUGUGUCGGGAAGGUAAAUCUGUUUGCAAGUCGGAAUCAGCUUCGGAUGUUUCAAAGCCGUAUUUUCGUGGAAUAAGGUAUAAUCAAGUAGAUUACAUGCGAGAUGGUGUUGGCCGACCUAAAACCAAAUUUGUUACAGGGAAAAAUUCUUAUACAAGAGAUUCACCUCAAACUAAGCAAGUUUGGGAACCUAUGGAAUCACAGAAGAAGUAUGUUCGAAGCACAUCAGAUUCUGAUGUUACAAUGAGAUCUUGCACUUUUGGCGCUGAUGCAACGGAACUUGAUAAAUCUUUUGAAUCGUCUGAUGGUAUUAGCUGCAAUGAAACUGGUGGGAAUACUGUUUUAAACAAGAAUGAGGACAACAAAAAAACCUGUAAGGGCGGAUUUCAUUUUGAAGAAAAAACCACUCUGUACUACAAGGAGGUCACCAAUGUUGAAGCUGAUGUGUGCCCUAUGACAUCCUCUUCUUUAACUGGCACAUCUAACUCUGACAGUUGCUCAUCAUGUCUUAGUGAGGGAGACAGCAAUGGAUCAUCUUUGAACCCCCCAAAUCCAGAAUCCUCUUCUGCAUCGGAUUCUGAUGAUGGCAACCAAUCGAAAGAUAGAGAACCUUUACGAAGCCUUCAAACUGAUUUUCAUGAACGUCUUGAUAUUGGGAUCGGAAAAAAGCAAAGUGCAGAUGGUGGUGAGCAUUUUAAAAUCAAAGCUUCAGACAACGGAGUACACAAGGAUCAAGGGAGUUUUUCAGCAAAAGUUGCGCAAGAGUACCCCAAUAGUAUGCCAAAUGUUAGUAAUAUGAAUCUUCGACCUCAAAGUGUGCUUCCCUCAGUAAAUUCCCAAAGCAUGCCUUAUCCUCUGUUUCAACCUCCUUCGAUGGGAUUUUAUCAUCAAAGUCCAGUUUCUUGGUCAUCACCUUCAGGUUUGGUGUCUUUACCCCACCCAAACCACUAUGUACUUACUAGCCCGUUCGGAUUUGGUAUAAAUGGGAACUCCCAUUUUGUUCCAUACAGUAGCCUGCCGCAUAUGGCUCCUCCUACACUUAACGCUGCCAAUGUGCCAGUCUACAAGCCGGUUCAACAGGUGAAUGUCAUGAAUUCCAUGGAACAUGUCAACAAACUAGACUUUGAUGGGGUCAAAGGAGAUGAUCAUGAAAUGAACAUUCAAAGGGUUUCCAAAACAGAAGAAGACAAGUCAAGUAAGAUAUCUGGAAAAGCAGAAUGCGGAAAUGCAGGAUUCUCACUUUUUCAUUUUGGUGAUCCAGUUGCCCUUGCUAAUGGUUAUAAAUCUCCUCCUUUCCCACCAAAGACAACUGUUGGAGAUGAUCCUUCCAAUAAAUCAUCAGAUCAUACUGUUGGUGAUCACUACUGCAACAAGGAAGAUGUUGGAGAAUACAAUUUGUUUGACGGCAGUAAUGGAAUAAGGUUCUCCAUCUUCUGAAUUCGAGUUGGCGCAGGUUUCAGGAGGCUUAAUUACCAGUCCCUAUAGCUGAAGUUUGUUUUAUUUUUUUCUUUUUCCCAUUUUUUUUGCUAGACAGAAGUUUGAUCUUUACAUGGCACACAAAUAAUCUUUCCCCAAAAGAACAAAGCAAUUAUCUGUGCUUUAGUUUUGUUUGACUUUUUUUAAUUGUUUUUCUUCAUUUUUAUAUAGAAAGAGAUUGAGACAAGUUUCAUGGUA